CAGUAUAUUAUGUUUAUUAAACAGAGGCGCGCUGUGUGAAUUUUGUUUUUGUUAUUGAUUUAUGAUAAAUUUAACUGUUUUAUUAAACAAAUAGUGUCCAGUGUCUUUGUUUUAAAAACUGAAAAAACAUGGGUAAUAUUCAUACCGUCGGUCCUAAUGAGGCGCUAAUUGUGUCAGGUGGAUGCUGCGGCUCAAUGCAGAAGCGAACAAUUGUUGGUGGCUGGGCAUGGGCCUGGUGGCUUGUCACUGACGUUCAAAAGAUUUCCCUCGAGGUUAUGACAUUGAACCCAAUGUGCGAAAACGUCGAAACUGCCCAAGGUGUGCCUCUGACCGUCACCGGAGUGGCCCAGUGUAAGAUCAUGAAUGAAGACGAGCUGCUGACCACCGCCUGCGAACAAUUUCUCGGUAAAACUGUUAAAGAAGUCAAGAUGACGAUACUGCAAACUCUAGAGGGACACUUGAGAGCUAUACUUGGAACUCUUACAGUAGAAGAGGUGUACAAGGACAGAGAUCAAUUCGCUGGACUAGUCCGCGAGGUGGCGGCACCGGACGUCGGCCGAAUGGGCAUCGAGAUCCUGUCGUUCACGAUCAAAGACGUGUACGAUGACGUCCAGUAUUUAGCUAGCUUGGGGAAGGCGCAGACGGCGGUGGUAAAACGGGACGCAGACAUCGGAGUCGCGCAAGCUAACAGGGACGCAGGAAUCAGAGAAGCGGAGUGUGAGAAAAGUGCAAUGGAUGUUAAAUACGCGAUGGACACUAAGAUUGAGGACAAUACGAGACUGUUCAAACUACAAAAGGCUCAGUUCGAUCAAGAAGUCAACACUGCUAAAGCAGAAGCCGCUCUAGCGUACGAACUACAAGCAGCCAAGAUAAAACAGAAAAUAAGAAACGAAGAAAUACAAAUAGAGGUUGUGGAACGUCGUAAACAAAUUGAGGUGGAACAGCAAGAGAUCUUACGCCGUGAGGAGGAGUUGAUAUCAACAGUACGACUGCCAGCUGAGGCCGAAGCUUAUCGACUGCAGACCAUUGCUGAGGGAAAACGCACCCAAACAGUAGAAGCUGCGAAAGCCGACGCGGAGCGCAUCAAGGUAGUCGGCUUAGCGGAGGCAACCGCUAUCGGCGACGUUGGCAAAGCUGAUGCUGAGAGAAUGCUCGCCAAAGCGAAGGUUUACAAACAGUACGGCGACGCCGCUAUCAUGGCGCUAGUGCUGGAAGCUCUGCCUAAGAUCGCAGCAGAAGUGUCGGCGCCGUUGGCUCGCACCGACGAGAUCGUCCUAGUUGGCGACAGUGGCGCCACCGGGGAGGUGGCGCGGCUCGCCGGCGGCCUGCCGCCCGCCAUCAAGACGCUCACCGGGCUUGAUAUCAACCAGGUCCUGAAGCGGCUACAUCCUAACGGUACUGCAGAAGAAUCCAACCUCGCAGCAGCCACAAGCAAGAAGGUAGCAGCAUGCUAAACUCAUUAGGAAAAACCCCAUCAACUUGAAUUGUUCUUAAUAGUAUAUUUACAUUCUAUGAUGGGUCAAACCAAUGUUGCCAUAUUUUUUCGAUCAAACAGAACAGUCGAAAAUUCACAUACCUAGUAUUUAUGUUUCCUUGUUUUUUUUCUUAUAAAAGAGCAAUGGAGCACCGAUUUAAGUUACCAUUAUGAUACUGCGAGUUAGGAGUUCAGACGUAUUGCUUAUACUCUUCGUAUACUUUGCAUGAAUAUUUUUGAAAAUAAUCUCGGUAAUAACACCCAAAUACUUUGAGAAAAAAUUCGAUAAAGUUGCGCCUCAAAACAGACACUAACAAAAAUUGUAUUAUCAGUGUAUUGUAUUACCAUUUAUAAAAAAAAAAAAAAUUAGACUAAAGAUUUCCAAAGAAAACACCCUGUGGUAUUAUUGAGCAUGUAGACUAAAUUUAAUUGAGCUUAGAAUUUAAUUAAACCGAAAAGGGAGGCGUGUAAUUGGCUUACCCAGAUCUCAAUAUCUGAUAAUUCAAGUUAUGUUUUUUUUUGAACAAAAUUCUUAGUAAAAAGUCUCAAAGUAACUAGAAUUUUGAUAUUUAUUUAAACAAUCACUUAAAAUUAUGAAAUAAAUAUUAUAUCUAUUUUUCAUUGUAAUAAUAUACAAUGACACAAUUCAUAUAUUAGAUUGUGUAAGAUAGAUUUUAUACUAUUUUAGAAUUGUCAUGUUAGUAUGACAACGUGAUCUUUCAAGGCACUGCCUUUUUUGGAAUAUAUUUAUUUGUGGAUUGGUCUUAUUGAUGUGUAGUUCAAUCGUCACUGCAAGUGUCUCCUUUAGAAAAAUCGUUUAUUUAUAAUAAAAAAUAUAUGCUCACGGCUAUAAUCACAAGAGAGGUAGUCAGAGACAUUAGUCAAGUGUUGACAUUGCGUUUUUUGUAUUGGUAACUGAAUUAGGUAUAUUACAUUUGUGGAUUCGAUUGAACUUUGUGUGAUGUGUGUUUAUUUAUAAUUGGAGAAUUUGCCAAAAAUUAUUAAACCAUUUGUUACUAUUCAAUAAUGAAUAUGAUUUUGUUGGAUUUUUCUUUUCGUUUCUUAUUUGUAAUAAAAUGUAAUUAAGCAACAGAAAGUAAUAUAUUUUCUUUUAGAAUAUGUUUUGUUAUAAUUUUUCUUACUGUCAACAUUGAUAUAGUGUGUGUAUUGAAAUAAAAAAAAAUAUUUUCUA